CUCACUCACUGUUCCGCUCCCCGCUGGCUCGCUGGCGCGUUCAGUUGUCCGCCAGGCCGCGCAGGCUCGGACCGCGCUCUAAAGAGUAAAACCUCCGUCCUCGGCAUUUGCUGCUGCUGCCCUUCCCCUGCCCCUCCCUGCCCUGCCCUCCCCGCCUCCUCCUUCUGCCUCUCGUCUCUGACCGACCUCUGCUCGGGUCCUGGCUGGGAGCUGUGCGCCUCCUCCUGAUCCUGCUGCUGCUGCUGCUGCUGCUCCGACUGACUGAUGACCGACUGACUGCUCGGGGCCUCGGCGCCAUCGCCAAGCGAGCGAGCGAAUUAGCGGGCCGGUCCGGAGGCUGAAGUGUGUAUUACCGUGGUCGUAGUUCCCGCUCGUCUGUGCUGUGCCACUCCAACUUCCUGCAUCGUUUCUCCCCCCCGGUGUUCGUCGAUACUUCCUCGUCUGUCGUGCCAAGCGCGCUUCACUGCCGAGUUGCAGUGUUCAAAGGCAGAGGGCUGGCAGAGCUUGAUUUGUUGUCACUGACUGUUCACACACUUCGCUAAGACGACGAUUGCAGCCGUAUAGAAUUGCGACACUGGACGUAAUUGAAGCGAGUGCGAUUCGUUUCUCGAAGACAUCCUUGCACCGAAGAUGGAUUGUGAUGUUGCCUCGUAGGCAGGGACGGUUUUCCUGUGUAUCCCUCGGACAUCGAUGGGUUGGACUGCUUGGUAUUCUACUGCUCAUGAUUUUCGAAGCGAGUUGCCACCCACUCGAAACUAACCGACGGUUUCCUUUACAUGCAACAUGAAGGGAACUGCGGUUGAUUCGCAGGCGUAAAUAUUGGAACUAGUGUCUUGUGAUGGAAGUACCGGAGGCCGAAAGGUUAGCAAGAGGAAACUUGGAGGAAAUGCAACCUUCAUCCAGUAGCGAGGACUCUGGUCUGCGUGUAACGAACCGCAGUGAUGUUAAAAACUCGCAGGAGAUAGAAUGCGUGGAGAACGGGGCUGGAUUCAGUGACCGGAAUGUAGAUAUAGAUUUAGAUAGGGGUGAGAAAAUGCCUAGUCAGCAAGUACAUGACCCUGGUCCGUCAUCGCCAAGGGAUCAACGCUCUGGGGAGACAGGACCUCAAGUUGUAGAUGCGGAUUCUAGUCGUGUAAAUGAGAGCUUGGGUGCUUCUCAAGUAGCAGGAAGCGAUGAAACUCGGUAUAUACUAGAUCCUAUCCCCGCAGAGGGUAUUCCCAUAUCUGUGGCUGCAGAAGAAGUUGGAUCAACGCAAGGUCCAAUUCCUCCCUUGGCGACGGUAAAUGCAGCCGAGGCGCCUGCUAUCAUCUCGAAGAAAACAGAUAGUCAUGUCAUUGAUGUCCCAGUUAAGGAUAGUGUGAAAGUACAGGAAUUGGAUGGCUACAAAGGAUUCCCAAUCCCCCGAACCACCAGCAAUUUCAGCGUUGAAAGUGCGACGGGUGACCUUUGCCGAAUAUGUCAGCAACAUUCAGACGAACCUGUAAUGGAAUUGGGCUGUCAUUGUCGAGGGGAGCUAGCGAAAGCUCAUCGAUCAUGUAUCGAACAGUGGUUUGGAAACAAGGGCACAAACAAAUGCGAAGUGUGCCAGCAUGUGGCGACUAACGUUCCUGCUCCAUCAUCACAGCCGACGCCUCACUUUUGGGUCUGGAGAGUUGGAGGAGGAAACUAUAAUAAUGGUGGAACCCAGAGGCGAACUGGAGGGGCUCGGUUUCACCCUCUUUGGGCGGCGCUGCUGAUCCUGAUCGCGGGGCUGUUGUUUGAUGUCCUCAUCUCCAUUUUCCUUGGAGCAUCUGCUCUGCCUGUUAAUAUUAUCAUUGGUGUGUUAGUGGUGCUGGGGCUCGGCACAGCUGCUAGACUCGUUCUGGAAUGCUGGCACGAGCGAGUCAUAAGAAGAAACAUUCGUAGGAUGGAGGAGGAAUCAAAUAUGGAUGACUUUGCUGCGGAUCAAAGCACGACUAUAAACAUUCACACUGCAACUUUGCAGAGUACGAAUUUGCCCUCGCCUGAACCUCCGCGAGCACCGGCUGGCCAGGACACAGAAGGUGCCCCUCAGAUCGCAACAAGAGCAUCGACGGUUGGUGCUACGACGUGACACGAAAUAUGUGAAGCGAUAAAUUAAAAAUGGAAAUAAAGGCAUAGAACUUAUUCGGGUGUUGAAAAUUAGUCCCUGCAUCAGGUCAAGUUGGAAAACGAUUACGAACUUCCUCUCUGAUGACGUGUUCAAGUGUGCAACACGGCCCUUCACCUCGUACCUGUGGGCCAUUCUCUUCGUCAAGAUUCCUCUAGCAAGGAACGUGUAAUCAUAAGAUUUUUGCCAUUAUCAUAUUACUUUUCAAGAUGUAGAGCCUCUAGAUGCUGCUAAUGCUUGAAACUCAGUUAGAUUGCCGUUGUAGCGUAUUGAAGAUUAUUUCUAUUCUGUACGCCAAGGAGCUUGGAGCUGAAGUUGGCUGCAGAUUUAGUCGAAGAGUUAUCAGAUCUGGAGUACAGUAUGCCGUCCAAUUUGGGCAGGGCAAGCAAGGUCUAGGGAGAAGACACACCGGCCUCAGAGAAUGCCCAUUUGUGGCUAUAGAGAAUUCAGGAGAUUUCGACCCUAAUCUUCCGGGGGUUAGAUUCAUAACAGUUCAGUACAAGCUGCCGCCUGCCACAAUUUAACGUCUCAUCAUGUGCUGUAAAUAAGAGUGAGAAUUUUGGUGGUGAAAAAUUCAUUUCC